AUGGUGGGGAAUUAUGAAAAUAUUGCAAAUGUGGGAUUUGCAAAGUGGCUCACAUUGUGGAAACAGAAAAUACCACCCAAAUGGAAAACCUUACUAUGGAGGGUUUUGAGUGAUAUUCUUCCUACUAUCCAAAACUUGCUUAUAAAAAGAGUGGAGAUUGAUCCGGUGUGUGCCAUGUGUGGAGUUGCAAAUGAAGAUAUUAUGCAUACAUUGGUUUCGUAUUCUGAUGGUAUUGCCUACGCAGCUGCAAUUAUUUAUCAUGUAUGGAGAGCUCGGAAUGGUGCGGUUUGGGAUGCAUGUUUGCCCAGACCACGGCGAGUGCUCGCCGCGGCCCAGGCCGAAAUUACAGCAUGGCGUCAAGCCCAUGCACCAAGAAGGGACCCGAGUCCCGUGAUGCCCAGCACAGUAGCGCAACCCACUGCUCACGGAACCGGAACCGGUACAGCCCAGCAUGCCGCACCCAAUCACACUCCGACGCAACCACCACCAUCCAAGUGCUAUGUCAAUGCUGGAUAUCGACACACGGACAACACAGCAACGGUUGGAGUGGUAAUACUAGGACCGGGUGGUCAAUUUGUCUCAGCGUACUCCGCACCUUUGCCACAUUGUUUUUCACCACUCAUGGCGGAGGCUUAUGCUUUUAAGGAGGCUCUUUCUUGGCUACGCGAGCGUGGAGAGCAAAAUAUGGAGCUUUAUACAGAUUGCCAGGUACUGCAGACUUACUUAAUGACACCACAGCUGCUGACACGAUCGUAUGUUGGCUAUGCAAUUGAUGGAUGCAGGAAUCAUUUAUCUACUUUUAAUUAUUGUUAUGUUAACUUCUUACCUAGAUCGCAGAAUAUUUUAGCACAUAGUUUAGCUACUACAGCUUUCCAGUAUGACACAGCUAUGUAUUGGGAUACUAUCCCACCGGACGCUAUUUCAGCUUAUCUAUGA